CUAUGAUAUUGUAUAAUGAUCAUAGAUUUUCUAAUUUUAGGUAGUAGAUACCGAAAGAUAAAUAAAUAAUACUACGAAUUCUCUAAAAAAUUUUUUGAUUGGUCAAUUGAUAAAUUUCAUUGUUCUGAUUGGUCAAUCAAAUACUUUGACGCUCGGUUUCUUACUGGUGAAUUUUGAUCAUAUCCAUGGUUAUGUGAAAUGAACUUAAAGCAUAACUUAACCUAAAAUAACUGUUUGUGACGCACGUGGUUAAGAAGCUAUUUGUUUAUAACAAUUAUUUUCCAUUGUCGUGAUGUCAUUUUUUAUAAGAAGUGGUGGUCGAGGAAAUAGCGGACAGAAGCGUAAAUUCAAUGGCCAUGUUAGUAAGACAUCUGUUCAGUCAACAUUAAAGCAAUCUAAGAAAACAAAGAAGUCUAUACCUGAUGAUGAUAAUGAAAGUAUUGCUAGUACAGAUGAAGAAUUUGCAGAAAAAAACACAAGAGAUGAAGUACAAAGUGAAACCGAGGAAGAAGAGGAAACUGCGCAAGAGAAACGUUUGAGAAUUGCAAAGAAAUAUCUUGAAGAAAUCGAAGAAAAAGAGAAAGAUAGAGCAGAAUUUGAAGAAGGUGCGGUUGCGCGGAGAUUACGCGAAGAAUAUCUAGAAGAGAAGGGCCGAUUGAGGAAAACUAUAGCAAUAAAUUAUGUUGGUCAUAAUGAACUUAUAAUAUUGAAAUGCAAAGAACACAAAUCGUCUAUUACUUGCAUUUGUCUUUCUAGCAAUGGCAAUAUAUUGUAUUCAGGAUCUAAGGAUGGUAGUUUAGUUAAAUGGUCAGUAAAGGAAAAAAUAAAAUUAAAAGCCAUUAGAGGAUGCAGAGGAAAAACGAAACCUGGAAUGAAAUCUAUACGGUGUUUGGCGAUUAGUACGGAUAGCAAAUUUUUGGUAGUAGGAGAUGACGGAUGUAAAGAUAUAAAAGUAUUCUCUGGUGAUACUCUUAGUCAUAUAAAAAAUCUACAAGGUCACAGAAAUUUCAUAUCCGGAUUGGUAUUCCGGAAAGAUACACACACGUUAUACUCCGCAUCUGAAGAUAGAAGUGUGAAAGUUUGGAAUCUGGAUGAUAUGGCUUAUGUUGAAUCUUUAUUCGGUCAUCAGAGCGCUAUCACAUCUAUUGACGCACUUUCGCGAGAGCGCGCUAUAACGAGUGGUGGUUAUGACGGAAGUAUUAGGAUAUGGAAAAUAGUCGAAGAGUCGCAAUUGAUAUUCAACGGACAUAGCAUUGGCAAUAGCAUCGAUGCGGUUAAGCUCAUCAAUGAAGAAAAUUUUUUCAGUUGUGGAGACGACGGACUGCUCUGCGUUUGGGGAUGUUUGAAGAAGAAACCGCUGUGUACGGUGCCGGAGGCGCAUGGAAAAGACGAAACCAAUAAUGAACCAAUGUGGAUUUCAAGUAUUGCCACACUGUUAAAUACAGAUUUAGUAGCAUCAGGAUCGCGAAAUGGCACGAUCAAAUUAUGGCAAUGUGGUGAAAACUUUAAAUCUUUAAAUCUAUUGUUUGAAGUUAAAUUGGCAGGUUUCAUAAACGCGCUCGCAUUUACUCCCGAUGGAAAUAAUCUUAUUGCUGGUGUAGGUACUGAACAUAGAAAUGGUAGUUGGUGGCGAAUACCUGAAGCGAGGAAUGCUAUUGUAAUUAUACCACUAGUGCAAGCAAAAAACAAAUAAAUAAACUUCAGAUUAACUUA